CUCAUCAAUAUGCAUAUGCCCUUCGAUUUUUGUAUUGUUGCAUGUUAAUGAAUUUAAUUAGGUCUUCGAUUCGCCCUUUUUCCUUCACGAUUACUUGGUGAGUCUUAGCUAAUUUCUGGUUACGUUUUUAUUUUACAAAAUAUUUCGAUCUAGAAUUCUGGUAUUUCUAGUUUGUCUGUACUCUUCGUUGAAAAUGGACAUUUAGCACUAACACAGUAGAUUGCCAUUAGCUUUCAUCGAUAUAUCGUGCUCGUUUCAGUCAAUGGGCGGUUUUGGGGUUUAUUUUGUCUGUAUAAAAAAAUGUUCUCGUAUUUUAAGUGAUGAAGUGUUGGCAUUAGAUGUGGGCUGUGGUUAUAAGUAUUGUGUAGGAACAUGAUUGCAUGUCUCAUUGAAUGAAUUAGCAAGCUCUAGUAUCACAUUCUUCUUGUUAUUUUUUGGUUGUUUCUUUUGAUGCUUUUGGAAAAAGAGGAUAUAGAAGAUGGGAGUUGGAUGUCUGUGUCAUGAUUUUUUUUUUGUUCUCGUCAUUUGGUAAUUAUUCUUAAGUGAACCUACUCAUAUAAAUGACUCGUAAUUUGUCUCCGCGCUUUGGUGAAGAUUGAUAGCCUUUUCUAGUUUCCUGGGAAAAUAAACGUAAGCUUUGUCCUGUGCACAAUCAGGACGAGUCAGAUAACUGAUAUCUCCCUAACAACCAUGAGUGACGGAGGAGAAAAGACUUGUCCACUCUGUGCGGAAGAGAUGGAUCUUACUGAUCAGCAAUUGAAGCCUUGCAAAUGUGGAUAUGAGAUCUGUGUUUGGUGCUGGCAUCAUAUCAUGGACAUGGCUGAGAAGGAUGACACUGAGGGUCGAUGUCCUGCAUGUCGUGCUGUAUAUGACAAGGAAAAGAUUGUUGGCAUGGCAUCAAGCUGUGAAAGAUUGGUUGCUGAAAUCAGCGUGGAAAAGAAGGUUAAGUCACAAAAAGCAAAAGCCAAAUCAUCUGAAGGACGAAAGCAACUUAGCAGUGUACGCGUGAUACAACGGAAUCUUGUAUAUAUUGUUGGGUUGCCUCUCAAUCUGGCAGAUGAAGAUCUUCUUCAGCGAAGAGAAUAUUUUGGUCAGUAUGGCAAGGUUCUAAAAGUGUCUAUGUCACGGACGGCGACAGGAGUCAUUCAACAAUUUCCAAAUAAUACGUGUAGUGUAUAUAUUACAUACUCAAAAGAGGAGGAAGCUGUUCGAUGUAUCCAAAACGUACAUCAGUUUGUCCUGGAGGGCAAACCUUUAAGGGCAUGCUUUGGAACUACAAAGUACUGUCACGCUUGGUUGAGGAAUGUGCCUUGCACCAACCCUGACUGUUUGUAUUUACACGAGGUUGGUUCUCAAGAAGAUAGUUUCACAAAAGAUGAAAUAAUUUCAGCGUACACAAGGAGUAGAGUGCAACAAAUUACUGGUGCUUCAAACAAUAUGCAACGGCGUUCAGGGAGUGUGUUGCCACCACCAAUGGAUGAUUACUGCAAUAACAAUUCUUCAAAUGGAAAACCCAUUGUUAAGAACACUUCAAGUAAUACUUGUAGUAUUGUUAGAGGUUCCCCACCAAAUGGAAGCUCAGAUAAGUCAAUUACUCUCCCUGCAGCUGCCUCAUGGGGAACUCGUGGCUCAAAUUUUCAAGCACCAGCGACAAGUUUACCAAGUCAAAAUGGGCAUCCAAAGAAGUCGGAUGCUGGUAACAUUGUAUUAGGAUUUUCUUCUGCAGUCGCAGGUAUUGCUUCUGUUCCUACAGUACAUAGUGAAGCAGGAAAGAGACCCUCAUCUAGUGAGAAUCACACUUCUAAUAAUACCAAAGGUCAUCAAGAAUCCUUAAAAUCUAUGAAACCUCUUGUUAGCAUGGAUUGUCAAUCUUUUACAACAGACAGACAUGGUUCACCUGAGGAGAUGCCUACUUCUGUAUCUUUGGGUUGUCAAGUAGCUGGUAUGCCAGCUGCAAAAGACAGUCAGAAAGCAAUGGCUACGACACCCAGCAUUUCUACUUCUACUCAUCAUAUUGGGGAUUCUUGCAGUUCUAGUCCUGAUGCAGGAGUUACUUCUGAUGAUGGGCUCAUACAAAACCUGAGGUCUGAUAUGCCAACAAUGAGCAUUGAUAGAGAUGUUAUAGACGGUCAAUCCAGUCAACAGACAAAUUCCUCAGUUGCUGAUCAUGAUUUGAUUAAUGCUUCGAGGGAUUGCCACAGCUUACAAGAGCACUUUUCUGGGAAGUCUAGAGUACCUUUAACCUCUACAGCUGCUUGGAAAGGUGAUGAUGUUAUUAAUGGCACGUCUUUUUCUAGAGAAGAGCGUGAUUGGAGAUCGGAUUUCCAAAGAGAGAUAGUAACUACAACUGAGUUGGAAGAGGAUGUGAUAUCUUUUAAUAGUCAGAGGCUUAAGGAUCCAGAGAUUGUGAGCCCUUCAACACGGCUGCCUGGCUGGGCUUCUACAUUUCAUACUUUAAAUAGCUCUACCUCACAUCCUUUGUGGCCUGAUGCUGUCAAUGGGGCGGCAACCAGUUUAGCUACAGAUUUGUCAUUUGCUGAUAAACAAUUUAAUGACAAUGCAUCUCUACAAUCAUCUAACAUUCCCCCUGCAUUUAGUGGUCAGCCUGAGAAUGGAGUCAAUACGUCUGGGCAGUCUGUGCAUAGUUUAAGACAGUUUGUAGCCAAUGAUCCUGCUAAUUUAAAUGGUGAUUCGCUUUUUGUUGAGAAACAAUUCAAUGAUAAUUCACAUUUCCGAGCUUCUAACAAUUCAACUGCUAUCAAUAGCAACAUGGAGAAUGCUAUCUGCUCUUCUGCUGCUAAUGAUAUGCCUCAUGGGAACUCAUUUUUAUAUCACAACGAAGGAAGAGGAAGGCACGUGGGAAGAUUGUCCGGUGACACACUGAAUGCCAAUGGCAACAGUUUUGUAGAUAAUGGUGAAAAUAGCAUAAUCUCAAAUAUAUUGUCUAUGGACUUCAAUAUGUGGGAUAACUCGUUGACUUCUCAGAAUCUGGCCAAGAUUUUGGGUGAAACUGAUAAACAAUCUCCAAGUUCCAGGAAGGUGCAAACUAACAAUCAGUCGAGAUUCUCUUUUGCCAGGCAGGAAGAUUCUAUAGGUCAAGAUUUUAGGAUACAACCUUCUCUUGAUAUCAUUGGACAGAUGCAGAGGAAUCAGUCUUUGAGGCGUGAUUUCUCUGAAAAUGGAAAUGUCCACAUGGACAAGUUUCAUAAUAGUGGUGGGUUCUAUUCUAAUAACUAUGAUGGAUCAGUAAAUCAUCCAAGCAAUCAUUCCCUUAAUUCCUCAAAUAAGCUCUCUGCAGGUUCGAGGGCUCAAAUCUCAGCCCCACCUGGGUUUUCUGUUCCAAGCCGGGUGCCACCUCCAGGUUUCUCUUCUCACGACAGAGUAGAUCAAGUUUCUGACUCCCUUGGAAAUCAUCUGCUUGAUGCUUCUUCCUUACUGAGAAACUCAUAUCAGGCAAAUCAAACUGGAAAUACUGUUAGCACUGGCGAUAUUGAGUUUAUGGAUCCUGCUAUUUUGGCAGUUGGUAAAGGAAGGCGUCAGAUAGGUCUCAACAACACUGGUCUAGACAUUAGGACUCCGUUUUCUCCUUCAUUAGGUACCUUUGAUAAUGAAGCAAGUCUUCAGUUACUGAUGCAAAGGUCUUUAAAUCCUCAACAGAGAUACUCUGAUGUUGGAGAUGGAUUCUCUCAUCUUGGGGAUUCCUAUGGCAUUUCUUCAAGGCUUGUAGAUCAAUCACCGGUCAACAAUCUAUCUAAUUUUGCACAGCUGUCUCUCCAACAUUCUAGGAAUGGGCUCAUGUCACAUGGCCACUGGGAUGGUUGGAAUGAGGUUCAAGGUGGAACCAAUAUUGGUGUGGCAGAUAUAUUAAGAAAUGAUAGGCUUGGAUUUAACAAAUAUUAUGCUGGUUAUGAGGAUUCAAAGUUUCGCAUGCCCAGCUCAAGCGAUCUAUAUAACAGGACUUUUGGAAUGUAAAAUUUAGUGAAUGAAAUGAUGUGAGUGCCUAGAUUGGUGGUGGCAGCCUUUGAGCAAAGGACUAGGAUUUACCUUGUGAGGUCUGUGGACGUAUAGCCAUGAUGUCGUGAGAGAUUCGUGUCCGGCCUUGAAUGAGCAGCCUGAUGAAGAUUUAUGCCCCAAUGGAAUGGGAAUCAUAUUACCUCCAGGUGUGAUGUUUAGCUCACGUGAUUGUUUUCGCGGCAAGUUGUAUAUUGGCAACGAUUAUUUGACAGGAAAUAUGUAAAUGUCUGUCAAUCUGGUAGGGUGAUCUUCCCUCCAGCUGUUGAAUAUUUUGUUCCUUCCUCUACUACAGCGAAGAGUAAAAAAAUCUAGUUUUUUGGCUCUCUAAACCUAAAAGUUGAGAUUGAUGGAGUUCCUAAAUCCUGUCUUCACAAGGUUAUAUGUGAAUCAAUUUGAAAUUACUUCGAUUUUUUACUGAGUA